GCUUCAAUCAGGAGAGACUGCCUACAAGAGCAAACUAAGAGAAGAACCAAAAUGUGUCAAACAUUCAAGAAUGACUCUUAACAUUUAUUGCAACACAUGCGAGCAGUUAAUAUGCGCACAAUGUAUUGCUCAGGAACAUCGACAACAUUCUCAUGCUGACAUAUCUGAAGCUUUUGAUAAAUGCAAACAACAAAUUGCAGAACUGUUGGAAAAGGUUGGAAAGAAGAAAAAAGAACUGCACAAUACCAAGAAAGACACAGCUGAGUCCCGCAAGAAACUAGACACCAUGUUUGAAGCCACUAACAAGAAGAUCUCCCAAAAGGCUGACAAGGAGGUUGCUAGGAUCAGGGAGAUGGAGCAGAAACUGAAGCAAGAGGCCCAAGGGAUCUACCAAGACAGAGUCAAGACACUGCAGACUGCUGAAGAUACCAACAAUGCACAGCUGACAGCUGCAGAGCAAAUACUGGAUGAGGCAAACCUGCUUCUGGCUCAAGAAAUCAAGACUGCGAUUUUACAUCUCAAGCAAAAAUUCCUGGACUCCAUCUAUGCCAUCAGAGAACUGACUAAACAACAGCCGUGUGUAGUGCCUGAAAAGCUGUGCUUCAUGGACUUUCAGGAAUAUGAUGAAACGGAGAAGUCACUUGGAAGGCUGAUUCUAAGAGAAAAAUCAAUAUGUACAUUGAGAUUUGAGAAAGAAAGAGCACUGCAUCUGAAUUAUGCAGUGGAAUCCGUCACAGCUUUUGCCAACGAAGAAAUAGUUACAGUUAAAAAAGACUUAAAACAUCUAGUAACUUAUAUUUCAGAGAGCAACCCCCAAUCCCGCAAUUGGGUAAAUAAUCCAGAUAUAACAGAUCCAUGCCAGCUUGUGGUGAACAGACUAAACCAACUUGUUAUACUAGAUGGUCCUGCAGUCAAAACCUUCAACAGAGUAUCCAUGGGCCGGUAUCAACUCCUCCAUCAGUUCCAGCCAGGAACUAAUUCACACAGCCAACCCACCUGCCUGGCAGUGGAUGACGACAAUCUGAUAGCUGUGGGCUACAAGGCCAAGGGAGAGAUCAGCCUCCACAACCCAGAUGGAACCCUCAUCAGGAGACUACCAGCACCAAUGAUUGAAGAUCACCUGGCCAUCAGUAGGAAGCAGUUAAUGUACACCAACUACGACAUGUGUACGCUGGUAUCCAAAAAUUACUCCGGUGACACUGAGUACGUAAAAGAUGUAGGCAGCCCAAGGAGUGUGUGCUGUGACAGUCAAGGCAACAUCUACGUUGCCAGCCAUCUACCCUAUUCGGCAGGUAAGGCAAACAUUAAAGCUUUCAGUCAUGACGGUAAAUUCCUCGGAUGUGCAAUCCAGGAAUGCACGUAUCCAUACAGCAUGACCAUCACACCCAAAGGUGAUCUAGUGCUAGGUGGAUGGGAUUUGUUGGAGAUCUAUCAUCAUGUGUGACUGCCGGCAACGCUGCUGAACAUUGGAAUGACAGUAACAUGGGAUCAUCUCGAUGUUUAAAAUGCCAGUUACUGAUUCCUGACAUAUUUCUAAGGACUGCAGUUUGUUGUUUAAUCAAACUACACAACCCCCACAAGUGCCUCGAAAACAACUGAGUACAAUGAGGAAAUUUGUAAACUCAUAUGCUUGUCCACUUAAACAUCUAAAUGAGCAAAAUUUCUAAUACAUGUAAACAUGUUGAAAUUGUGCUGUACACUAACCGGUAAUGCAGAUUUCAAGCGGACUGUGACACUUGGGAAUUUGUUUCGUGUAAAUCCUGAUCGUGUUGGUUCACUGACACGAGAACCACCUAACAGACACAGCAAACCAGCCUUGGGACUCCCUAUCCAGAUCGACAUAUAAAAACAAACAGGCCCAGAGAGUUGGAAGAAUGGAAGUCGACAAGUGUUUUCAAUUUUCAAGUACAUGUAAAUGUAUUUUACCAUGAGCUCAGAAUAUGUCCAUGUUUAGGUACAGUAUGGACUGUUUUAUUUGGUAUUGGAAACAUCUUUUCACACUUUUCUCUUCCAGGGAGUUUCAUUUGACAGAAAUUGCAAAGUUUUGCUGAAGAGGGAGAAAUUUUUGUAGGUUUCCCAGCAAGAGAGAAAAAAAUUUAAUACCUUGUGAAAUACAAGAGUGUGAAUGUCCAAAUGAUCUCUUUCCACAUAUUUUCCCAUCCCAAUGCACAGUUUUUUAUUUUCACUUGCAAUUUCUUGUACGGGUGCAUUUAAAUAGCUUACAGGGGACAAACCAGACCUUACUGUCAUUCAAAAACCACUUCGGAAGGGGGCCCACGGCGACUAGGAGACGUGACAAAAAAUACAGAAAGUGCCACUAAAUAUUACGACACUUAUACACUGGCUAAAACUAUUAAUAGUCAGAAAAUCACCCAAAUUGUAUGGUCAGUGUUUGCUGGCUUUUUGCGUUAAUGGUACAAUCUGACCCAGAAACUGCUGCGGGCUAGUUAAGUGUAUUUUUUCACUUGCCCAGAAGGCUACUAGAGCACAACCUACCUGAUGGAAACCAUCAUUUGUCUUUCUCGUAAAGAUGAAUGAAACAGAGUUUACAGAUGUUGUCAAUGUUUUUGUAUGUGCUAUUAUGAAAUUGUAGCAAUUUUGAAUCUUCCAGUUUUAAGUUUUUUAAACUGGCAGCAUGGUUCCACAGUAGCAGUUGAAAGAAAUAAAGUUGAAAAAAGCCAGUGAAAGUUAGUUUGGCCAACAAAUACCCACUCUUAUGAAAAUUCCACUGGGCUUGUUCCUGGCAGGCUAGUUACUAAAACAAAGUUGUAAGUCAUAAUCUGACAUGCAUUCUUUAUCACAAAAUGCCAGAUAUGUGCAAGGAUGACAGGAGGCAUAGCUGUGUAAGCCAGGCUGUAUCAGGUUCAUCGACAAUGGCAAACUGGGGUGGCACUUUAUGGACUAAUCGGGGGAAGGUGAAGCAAAAGA